AUGCAGCAAGGUAUCAGUCAAAACUUCGUUAAAAAUCUUAAUUUUAAUAUUGAUGAUGAAAUGUUUUAUGUUUUACCACAUAGAGGAGAAAUUAAUUUUAAAGGAUUUGCUCAAACAGAGGUAAUCAUAUUUUUAAUAUUAGGAAUUCUCAUAAAAUGACAAUAUCUAAUAACCAUUAAAAAGUAUUGCAAACGAGCUCGUUUAAAAAACAACUCCCAUCAGAUAAAGUUGGGUUCUUCCGAAACAAGGCCAUCAAUUUAAUUUACCACCCUCAUAUUUUAGGAAAAAAGUUGUAAUCUCAAGAGAUAAUGAUCAACAUCAAGUUCGAAGAGAAAUUAACCUGUAUGAUUUUGUUCCCUAUGUCCAAUUAAAUGAUAAACAACUAAAAUAGAUAAGGAAGGAGGCAACCUUCGAUGUGUAAUUGAAUAACAAUACAAAUACCGAUAACAAAUGGAUUGUUUCAAGAUGGUUAGUAAAAGGAACCAAGAAUAUUCGAAACUCUUUUUAUAAUGAUAUGUUAAAAGCUUAAGAUUGUUUAACUGGAUUAGGAAAUUUUAUCUACAAUGAAAAAAAUUUUGAUAAAUUAUGGAACUUUUCAAUAGUGCACGGCAUUUAUAUAAUUGUUAAAGUAAAUAGUAUAAAUAUUCUAGAAAUCAAUAUUGAUUCCAUCACUUUUUAUAGGAUACAGAGAAGUGAUAGGAGAUACUAGCACGAAAGCAGCAUAACUUUUAGUUGAAAGGGAAAGGUAACUAUCUUUAAGAAAUAAGAAUUUAAAUUUUGCUAUUUAUUAAUUUCUCUUUCAUACUCAAGAAACAUAAUCUGCAACAAAGUUGAAGGUGGAUUAUAUUAAGAAUUAGUUCAAAAACUUUGAAUAAGAUUGUUGGAAAAUAGCAGCUUUGUUGAGUGACGCACACAUCAAUUAAAAUCAUUAAAAUAAUUACGAAUUUAGAAAUUAUUAAGAAAAAUAUCAAUUUAUUUACGAUUCAAAUAAAGAGAUUGAUGAACUUAUAAGUGAACAACUCAUUAAUGUUCAACAAAGAUUUGUGAAGAAGAAUGCCAUAGAUUUACCUGAAUCUGCAAUUAAAUAGAUAAUGGACAUCCUAGAAUGCUAUUAAUUACAAAAAUAUUAUGAAGAGUUAUUAAAGGUAUCAUUAGUUAACAUAUUCCCUAGAGUGAAUUGGCAAAUUAUGAGUAUUAAUUGGUUUAAUAAUAUGAAAAAGACUUUUUCUUCUUAAAUAAAUCAGAUCAUAAGGCAACAUAUAUAAAGGAUGCUUUGAAGGUGAAAAGGAAGAACUUAAAAAAGCAGUACUAAAAUCAAAUGAUCUAAGAAUUAUCCAAAAAAAAUAUUAUGGAUAGAAAUAUAUAUAUAGAAUUUUAGGAAAACAAAUAGAAGUAUAAAAAUAGAGUAAAAGAUAUAAAGGAGAUGACAAGAGAGCAAUUUUCGAAGCCGAAUAUAACUUUUAACAUGUUUUUAUUUGAAAUAAUUUUAGAAUUCGUUUAGUUGUGCCUCCUUAUCCAGUAUUUUAAGACGGAAACCAAUUUUAUUUGUGGAAAGUAAUCCAUUACGAAAUAAAUUCCACAUAUUACUUUUGGAAGUUAUCUAGUUUAUGCAUCCUAUUUUUUACGUUGAUUGUCAAUAGUUAUUGUGUUUUUUAUCAGUUUGGAAUAUGUGGGCAUUAUGGACUCAAAGCUUUAUUUUCAAUAGAAAGCUUUUACAACGACUAAAGAAUUAAUAGUUAAACUGGAGAGGUUACGGGUGAUGAACUGGUGGAGACGAUAUGUUCAACCUUAAGGUCAAUUUACAGAGGGAUGGAAAAGUCAAGAAGAGAAUUUGAGGAGUCGGAAGAUUCAGAUAUGUUUGGGAAGGGCUGUUUAAGAAUCUGUAAUUUAAUUGAAGUCUACAUAUUUCGAUUCCUAUUUGUUGGAGUGUUCUGUACAUUAAUUUUGAAACCAAUGUUAAUUCUAUUUGUCUCAAUUAUGUUAUUCUUUUUUUUCAUAACUUCUUUUAUGUGGGCAGGAUUUGUAGCAUUAAUUAAGUAAGACCUAAAUUAAAUAUUAUAGAUGGAUGAUAUGUUUGAUAAUUUAUGAUGUCGAUACAGCAGAAAGAAUAGAAUACAACGAAAUAGAUUAUAUUCAUUUUUUCAUCCCAUUAUUCAGAGCUUUCAUAGAUAUAAUAAUAGGAAUGGUUGAAAUAAUUGUUUGUUUGAUUUGUUUGUUGAUUUUUCCAUUAUUUGCAAUAUUGAUAAUUGUAUUUGGAAUUUUUAGAUACAUAGUACGUUAUAUUUAUGAUUGCUUCAUGAUGAUAGUAAGAAUGAAAUCUUUAUUUUUAGUUUCUCUAUUGUUGCGGAAGAGUCCCUUAUCGUUCUGGGUGUUUGGCUUGGAGAGUUGGAGGUGAUAAGAUUCAGAAAAAGGUGAUCUAUAAUUAUCAUAAAGUAAAAUUAAAAGGUGAUAUUAGUUAACAAAUGAAGAGUUGGUGUUGUUGACUGCUGGAGAACUAGAAAAGUUUAUUCUCGAAGAAUAUCAACACAGAAUUGUAAUGACUAUCCAAUAGCCAGAAAAACUAAUAAAUAGCAGUUUGCAACCUUUUUUCAAUCGUUUUAAUGCACAAUAUUAGUGCAUAGAUUCAAAUCAAAAACUACUUUUGGAAUAGCUCUCCUUUAAAAUUGCAAAAUAAAAAUCACUUCACCCAGUUUUAGAUGCAGAAACAAAAUAAUACAUUAAAUUCACAGCAAUCGAACUCCAAGAAAUUAAAUAAUUUUUGAUAACAUUUUUGGUUGAACAAAUCAAUUUAAAAAACAUGCAUUCUUAUAUUUGGAAAAACCUUAAUUUAUAAAUUGGAGAUUAUUAAAGUUUGGUCAGCAUUAUUCUUACUAAAAUUUUUGGUAAUGAUAUCCUAAUACAACCAGAAGAACUAGCUAAAGAAGUCUAAAUUGUAUAUUAAUUUAUUAUUCUCAUUAGAAAGUAGAAAAAGAAAAAGGGUUGGGUCAAUAAAUUGAGAGAGCAAUGAAUGGAGAUGUAAAUUUAAACUAACCUGAGAAAUUGAUUAUAGAAGAAAAAAAAGAAAUACCAAAACAAAUUACAAAGAAGGUUUAUAAAUAAUUUAUUCCAAUUUCUGAAGUAAUUUAAUCCUUUUAUUAUUAGAUACUCGAUAAAAUAUGGCUAGCCUAAUCGUAAAAUUAAGAAUGGAGUUCUUUAGAAAACAAAGAUUCUAGGUUUUUGUUAAAUUACUCUUUGAAAAAUCAAUGA